UUCCGUGAAACACAUCGAAACUGGUUAAGGACAGCAGGCAGAUAGCCGAAACGAUUGGCCAUGCUCCGGAUAUUGCGUGCCAUCAAGUGUUUACUCUUUAACUGGUUUUUGUUGUUUACUCAUUUACUGUCUAAAUUUGUUCAAGUGUAAUCGGAUUCAUGAAGACACAAAUAGUUUGAAGUGUUCGAUCGAGAUAAUUUAUCGAACAUGAAUGAAACUGAAACCGACGCAAAAAUUUCCUCUGUGGUUUAUGAGAAGUUGAGUUUGAACGUUAGUUUUGAGUUCUGUGACGAGAAUGUCGAAAAUUUGAAUGAGUUUAAUUUAAAGCUGUGCCUGAAUAGUGAUUUGCAUGGAAGGACUCGACAGCCCGCCGGUGGCAAUGGAUCCUUGGCACCUUUGGAAUACCCGGUGGAUUCAUCAUUGUUUAUGGAUUGGGGUUACAUGAUCGGUGAUUUUCUUACCUUCUACUACACUCCGGCAUUGGUCGUGGUAGGAAGCAUUGGGAACAUCCUUUCGGUGCUGGUGUUUUUCAACACCAAACUGAGGAAAUUGUCCUCUUCCUACUAUCUGGCUGCGCUUGGGAUUAGUGACACGUGUUUUUUGCUCGGCCUAUUCGUUACGUGGUUAAGUUUCUUUCAAGUGCACAUCUACACGCGGGAAGUGUACUGCCAAAUGUUUACGUUUUCCAGCGGAUUGAGCAGUUUCCUAUCGGUGUGGUAUGUUGUGGCGUUCACUUUCGAGCGAUUUAUCGUGGUUUUAUACCCGCUGAAGCGCCAAAGCUGGUGUACGGUGCGCCGAGCCAAGCUAGUAAUCAUCAGUUUGACUCUGCUGGGAGGAAUACAUAGUGCUCCGUAUAUCCUGUUUGCGGGGCCUCAGUUUUCCGAGAGAAAUAAUUCCACCAUAUGCGACGUACGAGAAGAGUACAAGCCCCAGAUGAUAAUUUUCAAUUACAUCGACACUGUAAUCGUAUUUCUAGUGCCAUUUACUAUCAUCCUAGUGCUGAACUCCAUAACGAGUUUUACGGUGUGGCGAGUAGCAGGAUUGCGAAGAAAUAUGACGCUAAUACGCCGCAAAUCAUCCAACCUAGACGUUAGAAGACAGCUCAGCUUGCAAAGGACCUGUCCCCAUCCGAACGGACGGAACAACGUGCUCCAGCAGAGACCCGGAAUCAACCGCAUCGUGAACUCCCAGAUGAAGGUCACAAAAAUGCUGUUGAUUGUAUCUUCUGUCUUUGUCUGUCUGAACCUACCGAGCUAUCUGAUGCGAGUACGCGCUUUCAUCGAGGCCGAACCGUCCAAUUUGACUAUACUGAUUCAGUACUAUUGUUACCUGUUCUUCAUCACGAAUUUCGGGAUUAAUUUUAUUCUGUAUUGUAUAAGUGGUCAAAAUUUUAGGAAAGCUGUGAUAGAAAUGUUCAACCGGAUAAGGCGCGCCAAGAUGAAUACGGAGCACCUUAGUGGUGGGACUCAAACCGAAAUAUUCCGAAGUUCCGGUUCACUGCGACCACUCAAACGGAUUAACACGGCCCAACAGCGUUCGGUGAUGGGUUCUUGGAGGGAGCUUUCGGAUUAUCCAUCAUCGUUCGGCCAUUCAUGACGGAGAAGGUCACAGAUGCGCCACAACCAACAGACACAAUGCCAACAAAGCACCGACCAGCAUCAGCAGAGGCUAUAGCAAAACUAUCAUCUGGAAAUGGAAUAUGUACGUGCGGUUCGCACUCGGACGUGUGACCUGCUUUCAUGCUUCAGCGCAUCGUCAACAUGCAUAUUGAACAGCUUGCUUAUCUAAAGUGGCUAUUUUCAAUGGGAAAUCCAUAUCAAGAACAGCCCACACAAGAUUAUUUUCGUCAAAUUAAAAAAUGGCAACAAUUGUGUUAUAUA